AUGUCCGCCAUCAGCAGGAAAAACGCCUGCGAUCUGCUCUCUCAUCUUGUGGUGCAGCUGUCUAACCCGCCCAGCGGAUAUGAAAGACACAAAGGACUAUAUGAGGCUGGCCCGACCCCCCGUCGCCAAGGGCGCGAUGUUGCUGCCAUCAGGAACCUGCUCUUCACAAGCAUGCGCACCGAGGUCUUUGAGAUAUUCUCCUCGCCGAAUUUGAAGCCGAAGGGGGAAACUAUCAAGUCAAAGGCGGGCGACAUUUCCAAGCCGGAGAGAGGCGUGUACCUCCACAUGAUCGUGGGCAGGGACAACACAGUCCGACAACCUGACCACUUCAUCGUCCUCGCGGUGCUGCCGCCGGGCCCCACCGCUGCAGGUUUCAGCCCCAAGGAGCAGGCGCUCCUGUUGAAUAUGCUCGAGAUGUGGUGUGCGCUGCUAUUAUCCACGCUGCAACCCAGCACGAUGGCGCAGUGGCAUGAGUAUGGGGCCCGUGCCGGUGCUGGCAGGCCGUGGGUUGGUUUGAACCUUGGGUGUCCGCUUGAUCAUGGUGGACCGGUCAAGUAUGUCAAUUGGAGGCAUGCCCUGAGCGAGAGUGAGGACCCACUGGCCACUACCUACGUGGUAGAUGUUUUGGAUGGGAGGCGCACGAUCAGUUCCAUCUCAGAUGGCUCUGAGCCACGACGUGAUGAAGUCCUGCCAAUUCGCCAGCAUGAACUCUAUACAUACCACGCGAACCAAUACGAUUACUCGGGCGGAGGCUCUCCGUCCGAGCGGAGUCAAGACGCAGUGGACGCGCAACUUGUGAAGGAUCAAGCCAGGGUCUACUGGGAUCAGAUCAGGGCUGAAGAGGCCCAGGUCAGAGCCGACACGCAUCGCAUGAGCGAGAGGCUCAGGGUCGAUAUUCAGCGCGUAGAUGCCCAUUAUAGGGCCCAGAUCCGGCGAGCAGAAAGGGAGAUGCAGGAGAUGGAUGAGGAUAUGCGAGAUAUAGGCUGGCGCAUGAGUGAUACUGUCUUCGGCAUAUAG